GCUUAAACUUAAACCCUGGUUGCUAAGGUUGUGGAAUCUGUGCCUUCCUUCACCAGUAUCCCCAUUUCUGAACUGAAAUGGCAGCUUUCUUGAGGAGGGUUGUUAGGGCCACUCCGAUCGCAUCAUUCAGUGGCCAAUCCAAGUCCUCUUACACUAAUUUCCGGUUACCCUUUACUGCUAUUGCCGCCAUUUCCGGCGGAGUCUCCUACCUUUACUACUGUUCCUCUCCCAACCUGGUUCAUUCGCAACAAGUAGAAGAGGAAAGUAAAAAUAUUGCACUUGUUCCGGAGAAAUGGGUCGAAUUUAAGUUGCAAGACACUGCCAGGGUUAGUCACAAUACCCAUUUAUUCAGGUUUUCAUUUGAUCCCACUCAGAAGUUGGGUUUGGAUGUUGCUUCUUGCAUUCUCACAAGGGCUCCAUUUGGAGAAGAUGCUGAAGGAAAACCAAAAUUUGUUAUACGUCCGUAUACUCCUAUAUCAGAUACAGAAUCCAAGGGAUAUUUUGAUUUGUUAAUCAAGGUGUAUCCUGAAGGAAAAAUGAGCCAGCAUUUUGCAAGCUUAAAACCAGGUGAUGUUGUUGAAGUGAAAGGGCCCAUUGAAAAGAUCAGAUAUACUCCUAAUAUGAAGAAGCAUAUUGGCAUGAUUGCUGGCGGCACAGGAAUUACUCCUAUGCUUCAGGUAAUUGAGGCUAUAUUGAAGAAUCCUGAUGACAAAACUCAGAUAUCAUUGCUUUAUGCUAAUGUGUCCCCAGAUGACAUACUGCUUAAACAGAAGCUUGACAUUCUAGCAACAAGCCACCCAAACUUAAAGAUAUUCUACACUGUAGAUAGUCCAACAAAAAAUUGGAAAGGAGGGGCAGGUUACAUAUCAAAGGAUAUGGUUGUGAAAGGCUUACCCGGUCCUAGUGAUGAUACUCUUAUACUUGUGUGUGGACCCCCUGGGAUGAUGAUAAAUGUAUCUGGUGAAAAGGCCAAGGACUGGUCACAAGGAGAGCUUUCUGGCAUACUCAAGGAGGCUGGAUACACCGAACAAAUGGUUUACAAAUUUUGAGAAAUUUAGGUUUCUAGCAUCUUAAGCAAGCAUGCCAAACCCUAAUCGCUGCAGAAUUUCUAGACUGAAAUGGUUUUCUGAAGAAAAACAGUUGGCUGCGGAUGAAAAUUCGAACAUUAAAUAAAUCUAGAAUUGCUGAGGAUACAGAAUAAUUGAUUGUUUAAGUGUCUUUUGAAUUUUCACAAUUUUGUGGAUAUUUUAACCAUGCGGUUGUAUAGCAUGGAUGUCAAUAAAGGGUAUCUCAUGUGGGGGUAAACUUAAUCCUCCCAAUCACUUUUCUAAUGAUUUCUGAAGAGUAAACUACGCCAUCCUUGUCUUGAAAGGUUUGAAAGGGGAGGUUUAUCUAAUAACUCUACACUUUGGAGUUUGGACGUUAGUGUAAUUGAAGAAGGGAGUGAGUGUACUUUAGACAAAA